ACAGAUCCCUUGGCUCACAGACAACUUUUCAGUUCGUGGAUUGGGAUUAUCCAUAUUUGGAGAAAAAUCACACCAGGUAAUCAGAGAUUUAUUCAGGAAAGCAGAAUCUGUUCAAGCAAGUGGUUGGGCAACUCUCCUGGCAUGAGAGAAUUAACGCCUCCUUAGAGGAACUUGGUCAAAGCAGGGACUAAACAGGCAAAAGAGUAAUGCAUGUGUGUCAGACUGGAGUUUCCAAGACUUGCAGAAAUUUGAAUAGAUCUUCCUGGCAUGUGAAAUGGAUAAAUGAGUGAAAGAAGCCAACCCAAGAGAAGUGAACAGACACAUCAAAACUGGUACCACAUCAUGUGGCUGGGGACUUUGCUGAUGUGACAAAACUGAUAAGAGUCUAUAGCAGCAUAUAGAUGUCCAGUCCGUUGUGUCAUUCAAACCAUGAGACUCAUCUUUCAAGAAUGUUCAGUGAUCUUCACACUGGUCAACUUGGUGGGUGCUCUAUCACAAUCAUUUGGUCAGAAAGAUGCCAUCAACACCACAAUAAUCAAUUUCAAUAAUGAGAAAAUGCAGAUCACGUGGGCAACAAGCAAACUAUUCUCUGGCAAGAAUGUGUCAUUUUAUUAUACAUUUGAAGAAGGCAAGCAAAAAUCUUGGAAAACAUGUCCCACAUAUCUACUGACACAAGGCUAUAAUACAGGAUGUCUUUUUAAGACAGAUGGAUACACCCUUGCUUUCUCUAUCAUGAACACCAAUGGAAGUGAAGAGCUUUUUUCUAAAAGAUUGAAAUCUGAUUUCUACAUAAAGCCCAAUCGACCAGAAAAUGUGACCUUCUUCUGGAAGGAUGACACUGUUACUGUUACAUGUAAUAAACCAGAAAAAGGUGUGAAGUGCUUGAGACUUGAGCUUCAAUACAAAAGCAAAUAUGACAAAGGAUGGCAAUCCAGAACUUCUAAGUGUUGCAGAGUUGGAGAGCAAGGCUUUGAUCCAAGGAAAUGCUAUUCUUUUCGGGUCAGACUGAAGAGGAUAGUACCCUCUUGCAACGUAGUUGAUUACAGCAGUGACUGGGAAGCAGAAACAUUUUGGAUGAAUAGCACAUUAUUAGAUUCAUGUGAUGAUGAAAUAAAAACCCAGUCAAACACAGUAAUUCUUUUAAGUUGUUUGAUGACACUACUUCUAAUGGUAUUUAUCCUCUUGAUUCUUCUGUGUAAAUGGCAGAGACUUCAAAAAUCUGUCAUGCCUACUAUACCAGAUCCAAAAUAUGUAUUUACUGAUCUCUUCAACAAUCAUAAUGGAAACUUCCAGGAAUGGAUAGAUAAAACUGAUCAUGCAGUGGUGCAAACCAAAUUAGAAUAUGAAGAACCUGAAUGCAUCAUCGAGGAAGAAAACCAGCAAAUAGACAAGAAAAGUGACAAUCAGGAACCUAGGGAAAAAAUCUUCAGCUUUUCACAAUUAACUGGAAAUAACAGUCCCAAAGCAGCUCACAAUGCCUGCCUGGUGCCAACAUUCAAUAAUAUGGUUUCCUUUGCUGGCCUCCAGAAUGUAGUGAAUGAUGACACGUAUGUGAUGUUAUAAAACCUGCAUAAUUUAGAAGGUAUGAGGAAAUGAUAUGCAAGACCCUGAUGAGUUUAGCAGAAAGGCUGAAUAGAAAAUAUUAUCGCAAGUAGACACACAGAAAGAAAAAUACAAGCCUGUGUUCUCUGGUUCCAGAUAGGUUCUUUCCAAGAACUUAUGAUUUUAUGAGCAGGCUCAAUAAUUGACAUAAAUGUCUAAUGGUUUAUGGAGAUAAGAUUUGGGAUUCUAGUUGGUUUUUAUAUGUAGGAUUUAACUAGGCCCCAUCUUCAUGUUAUGAUAAGGAGAGAACAAGAGCUGUUCCAUGGUACAAUUUCAACAGCUGAGACUCAGUCCUUCCUCUCAUGUAGUGCAAACUACAUCAUUAUUCUUCUCAAAUGAAGAGAGAAAAUCAAGGUAUUUGUCUCCUAAUGAUCUUUGUUUCACAAAAGCUAGACUGUGUACCGUUCAUUUUCAUAGGGAUAAUAUACUGCUUUACUAUGUCUCUUAUGUUAGGAGUGCUUGCUUUUCUAGGCUGCUUCUCCAGUUCUGAAAUUCUGUUCUUCAUGGCAUGGAUCAAAGAUUUUUAAAGAGAAAGAAUAGGUCAUGUGUCUAUGAACAGAAAAAGGAGGAUGUACAGUGUUAGUUACAAUUUAUCACAUAAGUAGUGCUGUGUAGGCAGUUUCCUCCAGGAUAGCAAAGCCUUAUGGAGUGAGGUCAGAUCCUUGGUAUCUUACAGCGUCUCGAUGUGACUACACAUCUUGUAGAGAUCAGGUUCAAUUUGUACAAUAUUUAUAUUUAACUAAGUUUCUUUUAUUUCAAACUAUUUUUAAUGCAAUGAAGUAGGAUUUUAAACUGUAAAUAAAAAUUUAUUCUCAAACUCUGUUCUAGUGCUUUCUAAAACUUACCAUCUUUUGACUGUUUAAUUUUCUUACUUAAAAUGCCACAUACUACACUUAGGUUUCAUAAACAAAAUCUUAACUAUUCUGUAAAUUCAGGUUAACACCUAACACCUUAAGUAACACCUUAGCUACGUUUUACUUGAAAGCAAAUUUUAUAAAAAUGUUAAGUGCUACAAUAUCUAUGGUAUAUGUAAGGUCUUGUAGACACAUCAUAAUUAUAUAUUGAAAUAGUUCCAGAUAUUUCCAGAUAUUUCCCUGAGCAUCAAUCAGUCAUUGAAUGAUUUUAUCAGUUGAAUAAAUUUUGCCUACUGCAUACUUUUAUGAACUAAUUCAUACUGUAACUUGCAGGUGACACAUAUCAGAAAACUACAGAAAUUAAUAAAGUAUUUUUAGCUCAGCAUUUAAAAACUUUAAUGCCAGAUGCCCUCGGGAAUUGUAUACAGUAAUGUAAAUAUAUUAGUUUCCAGAAUUGGUUUCUAAUGACACAGUUCACCAUACAACGACAAAUCCAGAAACUGUAUGCCAAUAACUGCAAAACUUAACUGGGAAGACAAAUUUCUCUCGAUUUUCUUUACAUUACCUUAGACUUAGUUAUACAGUAACAAGAAAACCAAGAUAACAGAGGAUUUCCUGAAAUCCUGACAAUUUUUUUUUUGCCUUUUCUUAUCUAAAUCGGAAUUACGCCAGCUUUUUGGGGUCUUUUGUACAGCUUUGGUGUGUCUUUUUAAAUGGAUUUUUAAAAUAAAAAUAAUUAUGCAGUAUUUAAAUAGUACAGUAAGAAUGCAGUGAAUUUUAAACAAAUACAAGCUUUAUAUAAUUUGAUCAGCAGAAUAUACCUUGGCUCAGGUGUUCUUAAGUGAUAUAAACUGGAGUUGUUGCAUAAGAAUCUAACUUACACCAAAUUGCACUUGAUAUGAACCUGUUCCAGUAAUGACUGAAGCAAUAAAGUGGGAGGUAAAGCUUGGAUUGCGUUGCUUAGCUCUUUCAUGUUUGAACUACACAUACAUAUGAUUGUCUAAAGAGCUAGCUAAAUACCUUAAUUCAACCAUUUUCUGUUAACAAGUAUUUUUCUAUCUGAAUUAAAAAUGUUUCACAUUGCUGUAAAAUUUUACUUUGGAAGAAAAAGAAGAAAGACGUGGAAAUGUGUUGUUUCAGUAGUGUUCCUGUAUGAACGAUAGCUUGUAUUAUAUUUUACAGCUAUAAAGUUUAUUUUUGCAUAUGUAUACAACCAUAUUUACAUAGUAUAUAACAGAUAAGAAAUUAAAAAUAUAAAACUUGAAAUAUCUAAACAUUUAUUUUAAAAACAUUAUGUAUGUAUAUAUAUAUAUGUAUAUAUAUAACGCAACAUAUUCUUCCCUCCUCAUCCUGAUUGUCAGUUCUCUGGUGGUUGCGCAGCCAUGCAGCCUGUCUCAAAGCAGGCUUGCAGUGACUCAUGCAAACCAAGCUACAAAGAAGCAACUUAAACAGACAGCUGGGAAAAGGCCUGUUCAACUCCCCACAGUGAGAAGAAGGGUACGUGGCACCUUUAACAUCUUCCGUUUUUGUUUCUUCAAAGUUGUUACGUUCUUCAAAGGCACAAGUCCCCCAGAUGUUACAGCUUGUUCCUAAUUAUAUCCUGCAGAAAGGCACAAACAGCAUUUCAUGUGGUAGUCCAGACUAACUGAACUGCAUCUUUUCAACAGCAAACUAAAAAGGAUGUAUAUCGUGUAAGGAUGUGUAAAGGAUGUAUACCUUGUGUAAUUUUAUGUACUCGCUAUAUCAGUGCUGAACCAAGUUGCAUUGAUAGAUUGAACAUCUUCACUGUUCACUUGGCUUUUGACGUGUGAUUUUCAGUGAGAGGAAGACUAAGAGGAAAUCACAGUGAUUUUUUUAAAAACGAAUAACAGAACUUAUUGAAACCGGUCUUGCAACGUCUGAUGAUUUCUCUUUUUUGUUGUUGUUGUUUAUUUUUAUCAUAUUAAUGUUUAUCAGUCUUUUGGGAAAUACACUUUGUGCAACUAUGAGAAGAAAAUGGUUGCUUUCUUUGUAAGGAAUGUAGAAGUUUCUUACAGUACUGUCAUAAAAUAUUUCAAAACCAA